AGGGUUUGGCCGGGGUAGGCAGUCACUGUAAAUAAGAAUUUUUUUCUUAACUGACUUGCCUAGUUAAUUCAAAUAAAAUAAAUUAUAUUGGAGGUCAACAAAAGCUGUGCUUGAUUUCUGUCUCAGACCGCUAUGACGGUGCAACGUAAAACGACACAUUUCCUCAGCUUUUGAGAAAGCCUGUGAGUGGGUACAAAUUUGAGGCUUGAGUAGGGAUGUCGCUGUGCCAAUGUUAAAAUCUGCUACUGUAAAUGCACUACAAAGACAUGAAUAGGGAGCUCAUGUUUCAGGAGUUUUUAUUAUAAUUUGACUUGAACAGGUUCAUUAAUUUACAAUAACUGGCUAUGAUAGGUCAGAAACACUCCGCAUAGUGGACAUCUCAUUUUAAGACAAGGAUGGCAUCAUUGGUGGCUCUUAAUGGUCUGUUUGAAAGUGGCUUUUAUGAAACCUGUUUGUGUUUUGUUAUUUGUUCAUCAUAACCUGAGCAGAUUUAAUUGAAUAAGCUAGUGUGAAUACUUUUGGUGAUAUUCUUUACAUUUAUAUUUCAUGCUUAUUUAGAGAUUUAAUUUCUCUAAAUAACCAAAUAGAUUGAAAAGACUGUGAAAAGGCUGUUUACACAGGCAGCCCAAUUAUUUCUUUCACUAAUUGGUCUUUUGACCAAUCAGAUCAGCUCUGUGAAAAUAUCUGAUGUGAUUGGUCCCAAAAAACGAUUAAUGGCAAAUAUAUCAACAAUAGGCUGCCUGUGUGGAAGCAGUGAACUUUUUUAGAUUUUGUUAUCGAGAAUGAAACUCGUAGUAUUUGUUAUAUGUUGACUUUCAAUAGUUGAAGACUGCUUGGUUUUUAGCUUUUGUAUUUGUGAAACUGUGCUGAAAAGUCUGUUAGAUACUGCUAUUUGAUACACAUAGAAUGUGUAUAAUACUUGGCUGGAGUUCAGUAAUUUGAAAUGUAGAAAUCCCCCACAAAACAUUGCUAAUGAACAGCAAAAUGCACUUUUAAAUUGACAAAAUUCUGUACAAUUAUUGCAUUACCUAAUGAAAAUAUUGGCUGCACUCCAUAGUAUGUAUUUGUCAGACUGGUAGUUUUGUAUGGUACUAAUGAUAAACUUUAAUAAAAUUGUUAAUUUUUAAGUUGUCAAAAUGCCUGACAUUUUUCCCAAAAUUAUUUUGACAAAAGCAAUCCCUUGCUCAGAAGCCAAUUGAGUGUAAAUGUUAGGAGAAUUGUGACAUCUACUGUCACAACAUGGUCAUACAAUCUAUGGUUUUCCUCACUGUAGCCUUGGCAAUUUUCUAUGUAGUUAAGACACGUGAUGGACUGUUAUGUACUGCUAUUUCUCUAAUGUUGUGACUAUAUACAUUAUUAAUGAUCUAUUAAUGUUAAUUCAGUCAAUCAAGAAUGAUUCUACUCUGGCCUAAGUUUGAAGUUAGUUCUUAUUCCUGUUUUGCCUACCAAUUUGUCCCUGUAUAAGAAGUGUCUGAAACGAUGAUAUGGCUGUUGUGGGAUGUCCAAUGAGAGAGUUUGGUCACAAGAAUCCAUCUCAUCGACACAGCUAAGGAUGAUUGUUGUAGUCAUUGGUGGAAGGAGCUCCAACCCACUCACUCUUCAAAUUGGUCACAGUGUUGUCUGAGGGAAAUGUUAAGGAAGGCUCUGGCUUCAGUACCUGUAAGCAACAUGAAGUUUGCAUCGGUGUUAGUCCUUCUUUUUUUCUGCUCUACUUUCAAGAAAUCCCAUGGAAAGUCAAAACCCAAACCGGGCUGUGAAUACCCCCCGUCUCAGUGGUGUAGGAGUUUGGAAAUUGCAAUAGAAUGUGGGGUUCAGAAGCAGUGUCUGGAGCUCAAUGCCACCAGGCCCAAUUCAGCAGUACCCAGAGUUGAGGUGACCCUGUACUAUGAGAGCCUGUGUCCAGGCUGCAGGGUCUUCCUCACCCAGCAGCUCUUCCCUACCUGGGCCAUGCUCCAUGAUAUCAUGGAGGUAAAACUGGUGCCCUACGGCAAUGCGCAGGAGCUUCCCUCAGGGAAUUCUCCCUUCACCUGUGAACAUGGGGAACCAGAGUGUCAUAGCAACAUGAUUGAGGCAUGUAUUCUACAUUCAGUGGGUCUGUACUCUGCCUUCCCUGUCAUUGACUGCAUGGAAUCUGCAGCAAAUGUUCUCGCCGCCGCCCAACCUUGCUUACAGCUACACGUCCCCUCCAUGACGUGGGACAGUGUCACAACCUGUGUUAAGGGAGAGCUCGGCUUCAAACUUAUGCAUGAGAACGCCCUGAAGACCAAUGCUCUCAGUCCAGCCAAAACACACGUCCCCUGGGUGACAAUUAAUAAGGAAUACACAGGUGACUUUCAGGACAAAGCAAUGUCAUCACUUUUUAACUUGGUCUGCAAGAUGUAUAAGGGAGGAAAGCCCCCUGCCUGCACCGGAGCACAGAAGAAACUAGACAGGAGUCUGUGCUGAAACCAACAGUCAUUCUGCAUGCCAUUCAUGUUUUCAAAAUAUAUAAGUACCAGUUUCUCUCAUUCUUUUGAAAGACAAUGCAAGUCCAACAUAAAUCAUAAGUCGCUCAUUUCUUUACUCGUGUUGCUGAAAUGUAUUGUAAUACUUGUUUUAUUCUGUGUGAUACUGUGUCAAAUAACUCCAUAUGUAUUGACCAUUUAAUCCAAUGCUAACAAGUUACGGUUCCAUUUUGUAUGAACAGAAUUCUCUUUCCAGCCUAAGAGUGCAUAUAACUGUGGGGUCUGAAAUUAAACAUCCUUGAUAAAGAUGAGCAAUAAUGAGCAAUACUGUAUGCUCAAAGAAAUUGGGAAAUUAUUUUAUACUAAUACAAUUGCUCAGAAAGAGAUUUUGUAGUAAUACUUUUCCCUCAAAGGUAGGGGUCAAAAUUGACACCCCAAAAGAUUAUUGUAAAUAAAGUAGUCAGUUUA